AUUUUUUCCCCCUCCCUUUUCUAUCUGUCUUCUUCCCAGGAAGCGAAUUGCUGAUGCAAAUCAGACUUUAUUCAUUAAUGAUGCAGCCGGAUUCGUUUCAGGAUUAUGUUGCACGAGUUGAAUUUUGAAUGAAGGAGAAGAGUUUUUUUUUUUGGUAAAGAAGUGUUGACUCUAAUUCGUUGUACUUUUAAUUAUUUUAUUUAAAUAUACGAUUUAAUUGUAUUCUCUUAAAAAUGUAUUAAAUAUAUAUUUUAUGGUAACCUGCCCUCAAAGUACAUGUUUAUGGGUGAAAUUGAAGACGCUUCAGUUAAGUGAGGUUACUGGUGUGUUGGAUGUUUAAUUCAGCACCGGCAUUGCAUGACAGUUGUUUGAAUAACAAGUGGUUUAUUUUUAAAACCACAGCUUUUAAAAAUUAGGUUCAAAUAAUUAUAGUAAAAGAGCCUAACAAUAAUUUAAAGGAAAACCAGCAGAACUUGAAGCAGCCAUGUCUGGAGAAGUGCGUUUGAGGCAGCUGGAGCAGUUCAUUUUGGAUGGGCCCGCUCAGACCAAUGGGCAGUGCUUCAGUGUGGAGACAUUACUGGAUAUACUCAUCUGUCUUUAUGAUGAAUGCAAUAAUUCUCCAUUGAGAAGAGAGAAGAAUAUUCUUGAAUACUUAGAAUGGGCUAAACCAUUUACUUCUAAAGUGAAACAAAUGCGAUUACAUAGAGAAGACUUUGAAAUAUUAAAAGUGAUUGGUCGAGGAGCUUUUGGAGAGGUUGCUGUAGUAAAACUAAAAAAUGCAGAUAAGGUAUUUGCCAUGAAAAUAUUGAAUAAAUGGGAAAUGCUGAAAAGAGCUGAGACAGCAUGUUUUCGUGAAGAAAGGGAUGUAUUAGUGAAUGGAGACAAUAAGUGGAUUACAACUUUGCACUAUGCUUUCCAGGAUGACAAUAACUUAUACCUGGUUAUGGAUUAUUAUGUUGGUGGAGACUUGCUUACUUUGCUCAGCAAAUUUGAAGAUAGAUUACCUGAAGAUAUGGCCCGAUUUUACUUGGCUGAGAUGGUGAUAGCAAUUGACUCAGUUCAUCAGCUACAUUAUGUACACAGAGACAUUAAACCUGACAAUAUAUUGAUGGAUAUGAAUGGACAUAUUCGGUUAGCAGAUUUUGGUUCUUGUCUGAAGCUGAUGGAAGAUGGAACGGUCCAGUCCUCAGUGGCUGUUGGAACUCCAGAUUAUAUCUCUCCUGAAAUCCUUCAAGCCAUGGAAGAUGGGAAAGGCAGAUACGGACCUGAGUGUGACUGGUGGUCUUUGGGGGUCUGUAUGUAUGAAAUGCUCUAUGGAGAAACACCAUUUUAUGCAGAAUCUCUGGUGGAGACAUAUGGAAAAAUCAUGAAUCACAAAGAGAGGUUUCAGUUUCCAGCCCAAGUGACUGAUGUUUCUGAAAAUGCUAAGGAUCUUAUUCGAAGGCUCAUUUGUAGCAGAGAACAUCGACUUGGUCAAAAUGGAAUAGAUGACUUUAAGAAACACCCAUUUUUCAAUGGAAUUGAUUGGGAUAAUAUUCGGAACUGUGAAGCACCUUAUAUUCCAGAAGUCAGUAGCCCAACAGAUACAUCAAAUUUUGAUGUGGAUGAUGAUUGUUUAAAAAAUUCUGAAACGAUGCCCCCACCAACACAUACUGCAUUUUCUGGUCACCAUCUGCCAUUUGUUGGUUUUACAUAUACCAGUAGCUGUGUUCUUUCUGACCGGAGCUGUUUAAGAGUUACGGCUGGUCCUACUUCACUGGAUCUUGAUGUUAAUGUUCAGAGGACUCUAGAUAAUAACUUAGCAACUGAAGCUUACGAAAGAAGAAUUAAGCGCCUUGAACAGGAAAAACUUGAGCUGAGUAGAAAGCUUCAAGAGUCAACACAGACUGUCCAAGCUCUGCAGUAUUCAACUGUUGAUGGUCCACUAACAGCAAGCAAAGAUUUAGAAAUAAAAAACUUAAAAGAAGAAAUUGAAAAACUAAGGAAACAAAUAACAGAAAUGAGUCACUUGGAACAGCAACUUGAAGAAGCUAAUUCUGUGAGGCGAGAACUAGAUGAUGCUUUUAGACAAAUCAAAGCUUAUGAAAAACAAAUCAAAACAUUACAACAAGAAAGGGAAGAUCUAAAUAAGGAACUAGUCCAGGCUAGUGAGCGAUUAAAAAAUCAAUCCAAAGAGCUGAAAGACGCACACUGUCAGAGGAAACUGGCCAUGCAGGAGUUCAUGGAGAUCAAUGAGCGGCUAACAGAAUUGCACACCCAAAAACAGAAACUUGCUCGCCAUGUCCGAGAUAAGGAAGAAGAGGUGGACCUGGUGAUGCAAAAAGUUGAAAGCUUAAGGCAAGAACUACGCAGAACAGAAAGAGCCAAAAAAGAGCUGGAAGUUCAUACAGAAGCUCUAGCUGCUGAAGCAUCUAAAGACAGGAAAUUGCGUGAACAGAGCGAGCACUAUUCUAAGCAACUGGAAAAUGAAUUAGAAGGACUGAAGCAAAAACAAAUUAGUUACUCACCAGGAAUAUGCAGCAUUGAACAUCAGCAAGAGAUAACCAAAUUAAAGACUGAUAUGGAAAAGAAAAGUAUCUUUUAUGAAGAAGAAUUAUCUAAAAGAGAAGGCAUACAUGCAAAUGAAAUAAAAAAUCUGAAGAAAGAACUGCAUGAUUCAGAAGGCCAGCAACUUGCCCUCAACAAAGAAAUUAUGAUUUUAAAAGACAAAUUGGAAAAAACCCGGAGAGAAAGUCAAAGUGAAAGAGAAGAAUUUGAAAAUGAAUUCAAACAACAGUACGAACGAGAAAAAGUGUUAUUAACUGAAGAAAAUAAAAAGCUGACAAGUGAACUUGAUAAACUUACUACUUUGUAUGAAAACUUAAGUAUACGCAAUCAGCACUUAGAAGAAGAGGUUAAAGAUCUGGCAGACAAGAAAGAAUCGGUUGCACAUUGGGAAGCCCAAAUCACAGAAAUAAUUCAGUGGGUCAGUGAUGAAAAGGAUGCAAGAGGGUAUCUUCAGGCCUUAGCUUCUAAAAUGACUGAAGAAUUAGAAGCUUUAAGGAAUUCCAGCUUGGGUACACGAGCAACGGAUAUGCCCUGGAAAAUGCGUCGUUUUGCAAAAUUGGAUAUGUCAGCUAGGCUGGAGUUACAGUCAGCUCUGGAUGCAGAAAUAAGAGCCAAACAGGCCAUCCAGGAAGAACUGAAUAAAGUUAAAGCAUCUAAUAUCAUAACAGAAUGUAAACUAAAAGAUGCAGAGAAGAAGAACUUGGAACUACUGUCAGAAAUUGAACAACUGAUAAAGGACACUGAAGAGCUUAGAUCUGAAAAGGGUAUAGAGCACCAAGACUCACAGCAUUCUUUCUUGGCAUUUUUGAAUACGCCUACCGAUGCUCUGGAUCAAUUUGAAGAUUCCUUUUCUUCUUCCUCAUCUUCACUGAUUGAUUUUUUGGAUGACCGCUCUCCAUCCUGUACUCCAGCUAGCAAAGGCAGACGUACUGAUCCCGUUGAGAACACAUAUGUACGGAAUCCGAGCGUCAAGUUUUACAUCCAGUCAAGGUCCACAUCUCCUUCCACAUCUAGUGAAGCUGAGCCAGUUAAGAUUGUAGACUGUACUCCACUUCCAGUUCAUACACCAACUUUAAGGAAAAAAGGAUGUCCUGGUUCAACUGGCUUUCCACCGAAGCGCAAGACUCACCAGUUUUUCGUAAAAUCUUUUACUACUCCUACCAAAUGUCAUCAGUGUACCUCUUUGAUGGUGGGUUUGAUAAGACAGGGCUGUUCAUGUGAAGCUUGUGGAUUCUCAUGUCACAUAACUUGUGUAAACAAAGCUCCAACUACUUGUCCAGUUCCUCCUGAACAGACAAAAGGUCCCCUGGGUAUUGAUCCACAGAAAGGAAUAGGAACAGCUUAUGAAGGUCAUGUUAGGAUUCCUAAGCCAGCUGGAGUGAAAAAAGGAUGGCAAAGAACUUUGGCUGUAGUCUGUGACUUCAAACUCUUUCUGUAUGAUAUUGCUGAAGGAAAAGCAUCGCAGCCCAGUGUUGUCAUUAGUCAAGUGAUUGACAUGAGGGAUGAAGACUUUUCUGUUAGCUCAGUCUUGGCUUCUGAUGUGAUUCAUGCAAGUCGAAAAGAUAUACCCUGUAUAUUUAGAGUCACAGCUUCGCAGCUCUCAGCAUCUAGCAGCAAAUGUUCAAUCCUGAUGCUAGCAGAUAGUGAGAAUGAGAGGAGUAAGUGGGUAGGAGUACUGAAUGAAUUGCACAAAAUUUUGAAGAAAAACAAAUUCAGAGACCGCUCAGUCUAUGUUCCCAAAGAAGCUUAUGACAGCACUCUACCCCUCAUCAAAACAACCCAGGCAGCGGCAAUCAUAGAUCAUGAAAGGAUAGCUUUGGGAAAUGAAGAAGGGUUAUUUGUUGUGCAUGUCACCAAAGAUGAAAUUAUUAGAGUUGGUGACAAUAAGAAGAUUCAUCAGAUUGAACUCAUUCCAAAUGACCAGCUUGUUGCUGUGAUCUCAGGACGAAAUCGUCAUGUAAGACUUUUUCCUAUGUCAGCUUUGGACGGGCGAGAGACUGAUUUUUACAAGCUGGCAGAAACUAAAGGGUGUCAAACCAUAACAUCUGGAAAGGUGCGCCAUGGAGCUCUCACAUGUUUGUGUGUGGCUAUGAAAAGGCAGGUCCUCUGUUACGAACUAUUUCAGAGCAAGACCCGUCACCGAAAGUUUAAGGAAAUUCAAGUCCCAUAUAAUGUCCAGUGGAUGGCAAUCUUCAGUGAACACCUCUGUGUGGGAUUCCAGUCAGGAUUUCUAAGAUACCCUUUGAAUGGAGAAGGAAGUCCAUACAGUAUGCUCCAUUCAAACGACCACACACUAUCUUUUAUUACACACCAACCAAUGGAUGCUAUCUGCGCAGUUGAGAUCUCCAGUAAAGAAUAUCUGCUGUGUUUUAACAGCAUUGGCAUAUACACUGACUGCCAGGGCCGAAGAUCUAGACAACAGGAAUUGAUGUGGCCAGCAAAUCCUUCCUCUUGUUGUUACAAUGCACCAUAUCUCUCGGUGUAUAGUGAAAAUGCAGUUGAUAUCUUUGAUGUCAACUCCAUGGAAUGGAUUCAGACUCUUCCUCUCAAAAAGGUUCGACCCUUAAACAGUGAAGGAUCCUUAAAUCUUUUAGGGUUGGAAACCAUUAGGUUAAUAUAUUUCAAAAAUAAGAUGGCAGAAGGGGAUGAACUGGUAGUUCCUGAAACAUCUGAUAAUAGUCGGAAACAAAUGGUUAGAAAUAUCAACAACAAGCGGCGUUAUUCCUUCAGAGUUCCGGAAGAGGAAAGGAUGCAACAGAGGAGGGAGAUGCUACGAGAUCCUGAAAUGAGAAAUAAAUUAAUUUCUAACCCAACUAAUUUUAACCAUAUAGCACACAUGGGUCCUGGAGAUGGAAUACAGAUCCUAAAAGACCUGCCCAUGCCAGGUUUCCCUUAUUCAUCCCCUCAUCAUCACUCCGGUCUGAUCUCCUCUCCGAUCAACUUUGAGCACAUCUAUCACAUGACUGUUAAUUCUGCUGAAAAAUUUCUCUCUCCUGAUUCCAUAAACCCUGAAUAUUCCCCGUCUCUACGUUCUGUCCCGGGUACACCAAGCUUUAUGACUCUGAGGAACCCUCGGCCUCAGGAAAGUCGGACAGUAUUCAGUGGCUCAGUCAGUAUUCCAUCUAUCACCAAAUCCCGCCCCGAGCCAGGCCGCUCCAUGAGCGCUAGCAGCGGCCUGUCGGCAAGGUCAUCUGCACAGAAUGGCAGUGCAUUGAAGAGGGAGUUCUCUGGAGGAAGCUACAGUGCUAAACGGCAGCCCAUGCCUUCUCCAUCAGAGGGUUCUUUGUCUUCUGGGGGCAUGGACCAAGGCAGUGAUGCCCCAGCGAGGGACUAUGAUGGUGAGGACUCUGAUUCUCCGAGGCAUUCCACGGCUUCCAACAGUUCCAACCUGAGCAGCCCCCCAAGCCCAGUCUCACCCCGAAAGACCAAGAGUCUCUCUCUGGAGAGCACCGACCGCGGGAGCUGGGACCCGUGAGCUGCUCAGACCCUCGGCGCAGGGCGGCUCUGGCUCUCGGCUCCCCCCACUCACCCUUUUAUCUCACCUCCAUCUCUUUCCUCCAUCUCUGUCAGAAAAUUGACCAAGGGCUGGCAGUAGUUGCAGGGAGGGAUCCCGGAGUUCUGACUUCAUGACUCGCAGAUCCGUGCCCAACCCACCACCCCUGCCCCACUCCAGCCUAACAGCAACACAAAGGCAGACUUUCAUUAAGCAACUUAGAUUGAUACUGAUUUCACACCAUACACUUAGAGUUCUUUCGACAAUAUUUCACCCCGCUCCCCAAAGGUAGCUUAAAUAGACAGAUUACACAAAUGUAAGUGAUAAGAUUAGACAGAUUUUGUUUUCACAGUAGAGUCUCACUGUCCUAUAGUAGCGCAUGGGAUUCUCCCCAUCCGGAGGGGGUGGCCGUCCUGGAGUGGCACACGGAGCUCACUGGCAGGCACUGGGAGGGGCAGUCUGAUGGCUGCCAGGAAAUCCUGACAAAUUAAACCAUGCAUAUUUCACUACAGUACAGAGUUUAAAUACAUAAAUGUAGAAGUUAAAAUACUGAAUGUACAUAGUCAAAAGAAGCAUCUUGUAGUCCCCAAAAGAUGGAUGCAUAUAUAAGAGAGAGAGCAUUUAAAAAACACAUGUGUUUGUCUGUUUCCCAGUGAAUGUAAAGAGUAGGAAGGCCUCGAGCUGAUGUUUGUAGAAGGAGCGGGAAAAAAUUCAGAGUUCCUUUUAGUGCCUGUUCUCCAACUGGUUGUAGGCCGUGGUCACGGGGAGCUUGAGAAGGAGCAUUUGCAGAUACUGGCUCCAUGGGUUUAGAGGGCGAUCUGGCACUAGAGCUUCAACAUUCUAAGCCACUUUGGCAGCAGGAGCAAAAGGCAACUUUUGCCUCCACUCCAGACAUAACAUUUCCUAGUGGUAGAGUUUGAACACUUCUCAAUUUUUAUAGUUCAGUAUCUUCUGCAGAUAAAUGUAGAAACACAGUUUUGUCAACACCUAAUCUCUCCCACCUGAAAAGACACGAGGAAUGUCAUGGCUUCUGACGGUCCAUAAAAAGAUUUAUAAAAUUGAUUUUUUCCCCCUGGGCUAAUCCUGUCCCCCCUCCCCCAAUUAAAAAUGAGUUCCGUUUUAUUGAGGGUGAGUGUCAACUUCCUCAGACAAGCCUGGGAAAAAGACUCUCAAUACCAAAUAAUGCAAAACCUCAACAGCAAGGACUUGAACAGCCUUAACCAAAUACUUUCUCCUACCCAGUGGAAAGUGAACAUAAUGAACCCCAUUGCACAGAGAAAACGUGACUGGAUUCCUCCCCAGUUGCCGUACUGUGUUGUUAGUUACGUGUCCAGUUAAAUUCCUGCUAUUUUGAUUGCCAUGAGAUAAGAUGCAGAACCAGAAAAACUUAUUUCUACAGUCACUUCACCAGUUAAGCACAUGAGAAGAGAAUGAGAUAAAAAUUAAAAGUAUCUCAUGAAAGUUAAAGAGAAUUUGCCUAUCUCUUACUUUCCACCUAAGUUUCUCUGAAAAAUAGAAAUGGGACUUUCUUCCCUCUUCCCCGAUUGGCUCUCGUGCAAGGUGUUGGCCUGCAGUUGCUAGAGGGUUGCCAUGCUGAGCCCUGUCAUCUCACUGCUGCUAUCUGGCACUUCUCAUGGCUUUUGUCCCAGUGGCCUGUGCCCCUGCCUGUGCGGGCUGCAGGGAGCUGAGCGGUCUUCCAGUUGAUGCUCUUUAGAAAGAAGGUUACUGAGUGAGGGAAGGAGGGGUUCUGUUAGGGAUUAUAUUGCAAGCACUUAUAAUAGUGAAUUUGAAAAUAACAGCUGUCUUUGACAGAUGUUCUGGAUUUGGUCCUAGCUCAGAUUCGAUUUUAUUUUAUUUUGGAUGGGCAUAAUUCACUGCAUAGUUCUAAUCUCCCAAAUAUUUUUGCUUUUGGAAAAGAAGUGUCAUGUAGAAAUAGUUUUGUAUUUACAAAUAUCAAGAAUGAGAGCUCAAGUUUGUAGAAAAUGGAAUAAAGUAGCCAGCCAGCCCCCGUCUACGUUCCCCUCACCUUUCCCUUUCUUUCCCCUCUGUGUGUUCCUUUUUCCUUCUCUUCCCAGCAGAGAGGAGACAGACUGAGUCCUAAACUGAUCAGACCCUACACUAAGCCUUUAGUUCAGAGCUUUGACAACUAGUUGUGAAUUAUUGUUGCCUACAGGUGCUUAUUUUUUGAAGGAUGCUUUUAAGAUCAAAGUAGAAUCCUACUUGAAGUGUAGGCUCCAUUACAGUGAGCCUGCUGUUUAGUCUCCCGACAGGACAAAUGAAAGAGCUACCAGAGACUUGUCCUGGCUGCCAGGCAGCUUGUUCAUGGGAAGCCAGUGCCGCAGCUCUGCACUUUGUGAGCUGUCCACUGCAGUCCUGAGGUGUUUCAGCAACUGAAAUGGAGCAGUCCCAAGUACAUCUGUUCUCCAGACAGGACUUUGAGGGAGAAACUUUGCCAAGGGGAAUAGUUUUGGGGAGUAUUUUCCCACUAUAACAGCCAUCCUGCUGGGCUCAUCCUACUCUUAAAUAUGAAACCUGUUACCUUCAGAAGCUUCUGAGAAGAAUGAUUUGAAAAGAUGAGGACUAGGUUCCAGAGAAACAGGAACUAUAAUGAUCAUUCAAAAGACUUGAGUAGCAAAGAUCACACAAAAGGCAUUCUAUCACUAUCUGAAGUCAUCCUUUGCUUUUGUGCAGGACAUUUAAGAAAUGUAGGUGGCAGCAGAAACAUUUCACAGUAGAAAAAAAAAAUCCAGUGGCACUUCUGACAUAGUCUAUAUGCAUUGGUAUUUGGUGCUAUCCGUGUCCAGCCAAUUUGUUAUCUCCUCUUGAAUUCUGAAUUGUCAUGUGCUUUGGGUAUAAAAUUACACACACACACACACAUUUCUUUUUUGCCAAAAACAAAAGCCUUCCUCUUUUUCAAAUGAUUGCUAAAGCAGAUUUCACUUAUUUAGUUAUUGUGUGUGCGCGCAUACACACACACACACUUAAUAUACACAUACUGCAUUUAUUUAGUGAUUUACAUUCUUUCCCAGGGAGCACAGCUUUAAGGUUAUGAGAGACAAGUAAAAAGGGCCCAUCUGUUUGCAUUUCCAACCAAAUCUUGUACCCAAGCUUCAGGGAAGAAUCCCUGUCAUGUUUACAGCAACAUUCUGUCAUUCCCUGACUGGUUCUCAGCCUCUCUUCUUCCAUAUGGUUAGAAUCAUGUCAUUUUGUUACUCACUGGCCACAUCCAUUUCUGAGACCAGUUGCAUUUAUGGAAUCUCAGAUACCAGUAAAGAAGCUCCAGCCCGGAGGUGGGCAGACCCCCUAACCCCUAGCCCACCAGAGGUCAGAGGCUGUCUGCUGGUUCUGGCAGUGAUCGCACACACCUUGGUCUCCCAGCUGCCAGGGGCUGCUAAGGUGCACGGUCCCCUUUCUAGAAGCACUUGGAGCAGCAUCGCCACAGCCCAAGUCCAUUCCCAGCCCUGCCCCUGAGUUAGAGAAGCUGCAUGACACUUCUUGAGACCGUUCCCAAACCUCUGCCUGUGUUCUAACUCAGUUACUUGAGCCCAGAGUCUCUGCAGUGCCCUGUUCAGCAGGAGGGCUGCAGCAGGCCAGGCGCUGCUUCUCCCCGGGGAUGACCAUUACCCACAGGAACCAUUCAGUCAUGGGGAAACGGACUCACAUCCACCUUGAAAUCUCAUGAAAACAAAAUGGCCUGCCUUUUUAUUUGAUAGUGUACUAUCAUUUAUUUUAUAAAUUUUUUAGGAUUUUUUUCUCAUUGUAAUAUUAUUGUACAGUUUUGCAUGGCCUAGGUGUAAUCAUUUUUUGUUUAGAAUAUAAUGCUGACAGAUAUGUGUGUAUGGAAGGGGGAAGAUACUGCUUUGGCCUCUUACCACUUCUUAUCUCGUUUGGUUUUAUGCCCUCAAUGUCUUAGGGAACUUUACAAGAGAUUCUCUGCUACCAAACAAUGAUGUGGAUUCUUUUGCACAGAAAUAUUUAAGGUGGGAUAGUCAAAAAUGUAACAAAAGACUCCUCACCAAUAUUUUAUGUUGGUAUCACUUAAUAUUAACCAGACUUUGAUGUAUUGCAAUAAAACAGGGAACUAUUAGAAUUGA